GUCAUUGCUAAAAAAGCGUCAAAGUACGGAAAAAUCUUGCAACAGUUUGAAACUCUCAAUCAGUUUGAAGGAGACAAAUUGUGACAAGUACAGCAAAUAAUCAUAAGCUGUAUAUAGGUAUUUAUUCAAUUUCGGCUAUAAAUCACAAAUUUUUGCAAUCGAUAAAACACUGUACGACAACAAUUUUUGUUAUACCGCCCGCACCCCCGCAGAGUGCGCAGCAGCAGUAAAGAGCAUCAUUUGCAACAUCGGCGAAUCUCAGUGCAACAACAAAACUUCGGCAGCAGAUACAUUGGAAUCUGCUUGGAAACGCACGCCGAAAUAAAAACAAAAGAGUGUCGGCUGCAUUCGACCCCCAUCCCAGCGACCAGUCGUCUAAGCAGUGCGUUUAGCCACAACCAUUAUAAUAGUUAUUGUUGCGCUCUCAUCGAUAUAGGCCAAGCAAAAUGGCAGAGUUCCGAUUCGACAUUAAACCGCUGUUUCCGCUCGAAAUCAUCAAAGUGACAUCGAAUCUCUUGCCGCACACAUUCCGCGGCGAUCGUCGUCAGUGUUUAGAUGCCACAUCUAAGAUGUCCGAGGUGAUAGAUCGGUUGGGUCAGUUGUCAGCUGUAUCGCAAGGCCUGAACAAACCAGUGACCACAGCACAGCGCCUGCGCAUGUCCGAGAAUCAAACGAUCUAUUUGCUCUCAGAUACCUCUUAUGGUGCCAACGGUGUCGUCAUGGGUCUUCUAAAGGUAGGCACCAAGGAUCUCUAUUUAUUCGAUGAACAGGGUAGGACGCGCAAAGUAGAACAGACUCCAUCUAUUUUGGACUUCUAUAUACACGAGUCGCGUCAACGCGGCGGUCUGGGCAAACACCUAUUCGAGUACAUGUUGACCGAUCAGAAUUGGACCCCAGUAAAGUGUUCGAUAGAUCGACCUUCAGAGAAGCUCUUGAAUUUCUUUAAGAAGCAUUACGGCCUGGUGCGAACCAUACCUCAGGCAAACAAUUUUGUUCUCUACGAAGGCUUUUUCGAUGAGGAGGCAAGCAUGGGCAACGGCAAUGGAAAAUCGCCGGCGCAGUCCAAUGGUGGCAUGCACAUCACAAGCAGCCCUAACACUCAGCUCUUUGGUGCCGCCUAUCUAGGCGAUGAGGCUAACAAACGGAGUGGACGCAACAAUGGCUCUCAACAACCGAACCCCCUAUUGCAUCAAAUCACUCAGAUCUCCCCGUCCGGACGCUACGGUGCCCCACGUCCGACCUGCAGCAUGGCCGAGAUAAUUCAUGCUGGCAGCGGCAAGUCAGGAAAAAGCGGCGGCAGUGCAGAGUCCAGCAGCGGCGGCAACGACAUCGCCGAAAUGACCGCCCAAUUGCAAAAAUUACAGUCCGGUAGCGACCACGAUAAUGCCAGUAUUCACACUGAAGCCGAUUUGGAGCCAGAACCUGAGCCAGAACCGGAGCCAGAACCAGAGCCCGAGGUGGUGACACCUCAAACACCGCAUACACCACCCAAAUCUCACACGUCCACACCGCCCGAGGUAAGCCAUGUUGAGAUUGCCGAGAGCAUUAUUGGCGAUAAUCGUCGGGCCCCAGCAUUCCAGCUGAGUAAACAGCAUACGGGCAUGAAGAACCGAUCCUUUGGAGUGGGCAUGGCCGUCAUGCCUAGCACCAAGAUGGAGUUCAAUCAGCUGGAACGAGAGGAUUUCGGUGUGGUCAAAAUAAAUAGACCCUUGGGCAAUGCCAUCUCGCCUGGACAGGAUAAUACAGAUGCCAUGUCUACCGUCUCGUCAGUGGGUGGAUUAACCGAUCAGGGUUACAACGAUCUCAAGUUUUAUCACAAUAAAUUGUGGUAAAUUUAACCUUAGGCGUCAGAAAAAAUAGCAAAGAAUUAACAUCAGGUUGUGUAUCAAAGUUACGAUUUAGAACAGAAAUAACCCGCAAGGCAAGAUCUUGCACUUACAUUGAGAUUGAUAUAAGCCCUAAAUAUAAUUUCUAAAAGGUCGAUUUUGAUGGUUAAAUUAUUUCUGUUAUUGAG